AUGAUUGGUAGUGAAUCCCGGCGAAUUCAUGAAAAAGCAAAUUUUGAUUUUUCACGAAAUAAAAGUAAUUUGGAAUGCGACCGGUAUCUGUUAUUUGCUUUCUGUAAUGGAAAGGAUCGUAGUGGUGGAAAUUUGGCUCAUGCAUUGUCGUCCUUAAGACAGUCUGAUCUUGUAGAAGUUUGCCAUUCUGCACGCAGUCAAUUUCAAAUUAUCAGUACAAUGCAUCUUUUUAAUACUUUAAUAUUGGCUAUUUGCGCUGUUUUCGUGGUCCAAGCCUGCGGAUCGGGAGGAUCAAUGCGAGGAAUUCCCGGACCACCGGGACGAGAUGGACGAGAUGGAAGUGAGGGAGAACCAGGACUGCCGGGAGAUGAAGGACCAAGUGGAGAAGAGGGUCCGCCGGGAUUGCCUGGAAUUGAAGGUCCACAAGGAGAGGAAGGAGAUAUUGGACCGCCAGGACCAGUGGGAAGUAAGGGAGUGAAUUUGUUUACAAAUAUUGAAGCACAAAAUUUGAAUUUUAUGAAGCAAAUGUUGUGCUUUGCUGUGCUUCCAAGUCACGAUCUCAUCAUUGUCAUCGUCACUAUCAUAUGA